AUGGCGGCCGCCGCCUCCCCCUCACGGCAGCGAGGCCACGCCCCCCGCGCGGCGGCGCCGCUGAUUGGCUGCUUCUACCCCAGCAACAACGCUGAUUGGUUGCUGCCGCAGCAGCGCUGCGCUGAUUGGUUGAGAGGGGCGGAAGUGGCUGACGCCACCCUCGGGUGCCACCGGCUGCGGUUGGUGUCACCUCAGGUGAUCGGUGGCAACGAGGACCCCGAGGGGGUGGUGCUGAAGGACCUGUCCCCAGCGCCGGUGGCCCGGGCCCUCCGGGUGUACCCACGGGCGCCGCGCGCCAUGAGCGUCUGCCUGCGCCUUGAGCUCUACGGCUGUCCCUGGGAGGCCGGGCUCUUGUCCUACACGGCCCCGCGGGGACACGUCAUGGCCCUGGACCCCGUCCCCAUCGUCCUCAAUGACUCCACCUACGACGGCUUCAGCGCUGGCCCGUUGCACUUCGGGGGGCUGGGCCAGCUCUCAGACGGGGUCCUGGGCCUCGAUGACUUCUUGAGGACCCGCGAGCGCCGCCUGUGGCCAGGCUACGACUACGUGGGGUGGCCGCGGCCACCUGGGCCCCACCCCAAUGUGGAGCUGGAGUUUGAGUUCCAGGAGCUCCGCACCUUCCACGCCAUGCAGGUCCACUGCAACAACCUCCACACGCGUGGCGUCGGAAUCUUCCGGGCGGUCGAGUGUCGCUUCAAGAAGAUCUUGGCCACGGCCUGGGAGCCCACGGUGGUCACCCACAGCCUGGCCGGGGCCACCAAGGACCCCAGCGCCCGCUUGGUCACCGUCCCCUUGGGCGGGCGCCAUGCCCGCUUCAUCCAGUGCCGCUUCUUCUUUGGCGCCGAGUGGAUGCUCUUCAGUGAGGUCUCCUUUGUCUCAGAGGUGCUGGAUGACCCCGUGGGUGCCAGCGGGUGGCCCCCAACACCUGACCCCUCUGCCGCCAUCUUGGAAAGCGCCCACGAUGGGGGCAGGGCAACCAACACCACUGCCCUGGUAGCCCCCGGGGAGGCCGAACUGGUCCCGCCGGCGGCCCAGGGUGAGGCGGGGCAGUCGCCGGCGCUGCUGGGCUGCCUGGGCGCCAUCAUCCUCCUCCUGCUCGCCAUCAUCAUCCUCAUCCUGCGGCGGCGCCGCGGCGCGGCCGGGCCGCUGGGCAAGGGCCGCGGGGCGGAGGCGGCGCUGCGGGUGCAGCUCUCGGGGGACACCGUGGUCAUCAACAACGCCACGGGGGGGGGAGGGGCACGGGGGGGACCCCGCUACGAGCGGAUCGGAACCGGGAACGGGAACGGAACCGGCACUGGGACUGGCACUGGAACCGGGACUGGAACCGGGGAGUACCAGGAACCCACCCGAGCACGGCCCCGAGCGCCCCCGGUGCCCCCCGGGGCUGCCAAUCCAGCCUAUCGGCUGCUCCUUGCCACCUACGCCCGGCCAAUAGGAGGCCUUGCUCUGGCUCCGCCCAAAACCGCCAAGCCAAUCAACACUGACGGUGAGCCCGAGGUGGGGGCGGGGGCUUACGCUGAGGCUGAUGUCACCGGAGGCUCCGCCUAUGCCCUGGCUGGCCCCGCCCACAGCCCCGCCCAUGGCCCCGCCCUCCCAGCCUUCCCUCGGGACCGCCUCCGCUUCCGGGAGAAGCUGGGGGAGGGGCAGUUCGGAGAGGUGCUGCUGUGUGAGGUCAUCGCCCCCCACACCCUGGGCCUGGCCCCACCUCCAAGCUUAGGCCCCGCCCCCUCGGCCGUAGAGCGACCCCUGCUGGUGGCGGUCAAGGUGCUGCGGCCGGACGCCACCAAAAACGCCCGGCGGGAUUUCCUGCAGGAGGCGCGGACGCUGGGCCGGCUGCGGGACCCCAACAUCGUGCGGCUGCUGGGGGUGUGCGGGGGGCCCGGCCCCCUGUGCAUCGUCACCGAGUACAUGGAGCACGGAGACCUGCACCAGUUCCUGGGCGGGCCCCGCGGCCACGCCCUCAGGUGGGACACGCCCACAUUCCCCACACCUGGCUGGGACACGCCCACUACAGCCACGCCCGCUUUUAGUUCUGUUUUUUGUUGUCAUUUCUGGCGUUCUGGCCCUUUAAGAGAAGCCCCUUUCCAGGGCACGUUCAGCCCGGCCAGCGACGCCUGGGCCUUCGGGGUGACGCUCUGGGAGGUGCUGACGCGCUGCCGGGAGCCGCCGUACGGGGCCCUGAGCGACGAGCAGGUGAUCGCCAACGCCGGCCACCACUUCCAGAACCGCGGCCAGCAGGUGGGACUGGGGGGCCCUGGAGUGACCGUCGCCUUCAUCAUCAUCAUCAUCAUCAUCACUGACCACCCACUGAGUGACCGCAGGGCCCCGGAGUGA